GUAUGGGGUGAGGAACAAGAAGAGGUGGUGGCAAAAAUGAAAGAGGAAUUCCGAGAAGGAGGGUUGGUGUUAGGAGCGUCAGAUUAUGACGCCACAGAAACGCGACCCUUCAUUGUCGAAACGGAUGCGGGACCGACUGCCUUAGGGGGAGUUCUAAUACAGGCAGACAUGGAAGGAAAUGAAAGACCCUUGCGAUUUGAGAGCCGGACUCUCAGUACGACAGAGAGGAACUACUCUCAGUUCAAGAGGGAGACCUUUGCUGUCCUCCACUGUCUGAGAAUCUUCCGGAACUAUGUCUUCGGCAGGAGAUUUAUUUUGAGAGUGGAUCCGACCGCCCUGGCCUACUCUCUAAGGAAUUACGUUCCAUCGGAUCCGACGAUUGCCAGAUGGCUGAUGUGCAUCUGGAUGUUCAAUUUCGAAUUAGAACGGAUUCCUGGUAGUAAGAACCGGGCAGACGGGCUGAGUCGGAUCAACUGGGAUAAGCAGGAAGGGGAGGCGGUGGAGAGUACGCCCCCAUUUGAUGGAUUUCUGGAUCAGGAAGAAGAUGUUCGUCUUCAUAUCAACAAAUGGUCGCCGCGAGUGCCCAGCUGUGUAGGCUAUCCUAUCUGGCAAGCGCCAAAGGGGUACGAAAGGAGGAAUGAGCUAGUCCUGAAGCGCUUUGAGGAAGAAGAUCCCUGGGGCGGUAAGGAUGUUCAAUGGAUGAUGGAGCUAGCGCUGGCCAGCUCGCAUAGCCUGGUGAAGGACAUGAGAACGAUUGAGGAAGGACCUGGCCAGGUAGAACGGCAUGAGGAUCUAAUGGGAGGAAUGUAUCUACUCGUCAACACGUUAUUGCAGGAAGGCCUCGACCAGUCAGGCUCGUUGAACUCGACAGGAAAUGUGGACGGAGUGCCCGAGAGCCAGGACGACGAGUUCGAGGAAGGAGAGUUAAGGAGGCUUUUCGUGCAGAGGAGUCUGACUUUACGAAGACAGCCAUGCCAAGAGGAGGGAAGGGGACACGGCCGCCUCAGAGGCCGUUGGGCGCAUCAGGAGGAUAUGAGCGGCAUGGGCCUCGCCAUCGAGAGAGUACUCCAGUCUACAAUGAUGGGGACAUCGAGCUAUUCCUGGACAGUUUCUGGGAGCAAUAUGAGGCGUAUGGGCUGGACCGUCGCUCAGGCGAUUGAGAGAUUGAGGGGAGCAGGUAAGUUCGAAGAGCCCAUUGCCAGGAUUCGUAGGGAGGCGACAACGAGGCAGGAGGUGGAGAUGAGGAUGGAGGAGUUGCGACCCUCGCCUGUGGGAGUUGAUGGCUGGCCGAUCCGCCUGGAGAUUGGAAAUGCGUCGGACUUCAUCCCCGCGUUUGAGUGGUUCAUGCAAGAGCAGGGCAUAUCGAGAGAUGAUUGGAUGCAGAUGCUACCCCUUUGGACCAGAAAGGCGGAAAGGCCACUGGCUAUGCAGAUCAGGGACAUGGCACGAGAUUGGGAGAGCUGCAGGGCACAUUUGAGAGAGGCCUUUCGACGGCCAGAGCUCCCUCAGCCCAGAGUCGAGAGGCGGCAGAGGAGUCAGAGGUCGAGGGAUCCUGAGCCCAGGGAGGUGAGACCGUCUCAGGGAGGACAGAAGGCCCUAGCCAGGAGAGAGGAGGGGCCGGAGCGGGAGCCAGAGGUUGAGGAGCGAGGGGCAUACCCUGAGUGUGGGUUGGGACCAGUGGAGUUCCAUCGUUUUACUGAGGGUGGAUUGAGGAGGUCACCAGCACACACACGGGAGCAGCCGCCGGUGUCUGAGGGGCCGUUGAGAGAGUUAGAGACGCAUCUGGAUAUCUCUCAGUGGAGAGCAUCGCCUCAGGAUGAGAAGCAUGAAGAGCACGUAGAAGGGGUGCCACGAGUGGAGGUGCCACGUGAGGAGAUGCCACGAAAGGAGGUGCCACGUAAGGAAAUGCCACGAGAGGAGGUGCCACAGGAAGAGGUCCAGGGUACUCAGCGAGAGAGAGGGCUGGGCGAUGAGGGGAGACGUGCAGGGAAGGAAGUGAUAGAGGUUGGAGAGGACAGGCCCGCACAUACGCCAGCAGUGGGUUUGAGACUCGGGGAUGCACCAGGGAGCACCCGGCAGGCAAAGGAGGGGUUGCAGAGAGAGGAGACCCCUUUACCUUCGUUAGAAAAGACUCCUUCGCCAGAAGAAAGGGCAGAAAGGAGGAGAGAGAGGGCAGCUGUAAGGAGAGAAGCUUUGAUCCUGAUUGAUAGGCACCUAGCAGCUCAUGCCCUAGAGCACCCAGACCUGGAGGAGCCAGCACCUGCAGAGCCACGCCAGGAGUCAUGCCAGCCCGAGAAGGAGAUGGAAGCAGAGAUCCCAAAGAGGGUCGACCUCCGCACGAGGGAAAGGGUGUCAGCUGGAGAGACGGCUGAAGAAAAGAGAGCAAGAAGAACUAGACGGAUAGAUGAGAUAUGGCAGGAGAGGCAGAGGUUGGAGGCAGCGGGGGAGCUUCCGGAGCAGCAACAGGAGAGGCAGAGAUCGGAAGCAGCAGGAGCACUCCCAGGUCAGCCACCUAGCGCGCCAGCUAAGGCCCCGGAGAUUCAUGAGAUGUGGAGAGACUUCUGGGAGCAGAGAGGAGAGGAGUUUCCAUCGCCAGUCAGAGCCGGGUUUGGGGUGGCCAGGAAGGCGAAAGAAAGGUUAGAUCGUAAAAUCAAGUUCCUGGCCAAGACCACUUUUGACCGGCACUUGUUAUUAGAGGGCGAUCUGGCAGGGAAGAAAAUGAAGGAAGCCAGUCGUGGAGUACGUCUGGAGGCUAUGGAGAUGAAAAUUCAGGAACUUAGGGCUUUGGUGGCCAGCCAGGCAGCUAUCAUUGAGAGCCUGAGGCAGCAAACCCAGGGAAAGGUGGACAGACCAGAGAGGAGCCGGCAGGGAGAGCAGAGGCAGCCAGGACAGGGAUUGCCAGGACAGCCAUCUGCGACAGAAUUUCGCCAGGAGCCACCUAUGGGGAGGGUUAUCCUGGAGUCAGAGGAGGCGAGAGCACAAAGACAGGCGGAGAGAGAGGCGUUCGAGUUCAGAGCCCCUACCGAGCUCGCGACACUGCCAGUAGCAGCGGCGGGCCCAGUCGUACCUUUGGCAGUAGAGGARGGGCUGCCACCAUCUAGCAGUGAGCCGGCUCAGGGCUCAGUAGAGGAAUCUAUGGGCGUGCUCCUUGAGGCGGUGCAUACUAUGCAGGAGGAGGUGAGUUUGUUUUCACCUGAGUAGAGGAUAGAGGAGCCUCUUGAGAG